GGAAUUAAUGGAUACCUUUGUCUCAUCGAGCUUCUUCCACCGUGCCGACGGCCGCGCGCUGUUGUCUCCUCGUAACCGGAGCCAGAAUGGGCAAGGCGAGCAAGUGGCUGAGGAGCCUCUUGACGGGCAAGACCGCGCCCGACGACAAGAAGGAGAAGGCCGAAGCCUCCCCGCCGCCGUCGCCAUUGCCAUCGCCAUCGCCGACACAGUUGCCGGCUGCCAAGGAGAAGAAGCGGUGGAGAUUCCGGAGGCCCACGGUAGCCAGGAGGAGCAUAAUAAGAACGCUGGGUGAUGACCAGCCUCCGGAGGCUGAGUCUGCGCAGAUAAGGCAGGCCAUGGCAGUCUUGGCGGCCACGGCUGCCGCAGCGGAGGCUGCUUUUGCGGCGGCGCAGGCGGCCGCCGCGGUCGUGAGACUCACCGCCGGUUCCAGCCACCAAAAGACCGUGGAAUUCGCGGCCACCAGGAUUCAAUCUGCCUUUCGGGGAUACCUGGCAAGGAAAGCUCUAUGUGCAUUGAGAGGCUUGGUGAAGCUGCAAGCUCUAGUGCGAGGCCAGUUGAUCCGCAAGCAAACCGCCGCCGCCACCGCCAAUCGUCGAUGCAUGCAGCUCAAAACCUUCCCCUGGAGAUCAUCGCCACAGCGCCCAAGAUCUCGACAUUCACACGCAAGCCCAAUCCAUGCUUUAGACAGAAACGCCGAGGACAUCAAGAUCGUAGAGAUGGAUCUCGGGACACAGAGCUCAUCAGGAUACUGUGGCCAUGCUGCUACGCCUUCAAAGGUCGAUCAGUCCCCAGAGUUCUCGCCUUGCGGUAGGGCUCACGGCAGUCCACAUUACUUGUCCUCUAUCUCGGUGCCUGAUGCAACUCCUCCUUAUGACUGCCGCUGCUUUCCAAGUUACAUGGCCGACACUGAAUCUUCAAGAGCAAAGGCCAGAUCUCAGAGUGCGCCACGGCAGCGAACAGAUGCAAUUGCGCGACAGACGAGCAGGCGGAGACCUCCUGCAAGCGUGACCAAUUACGGCAUAUCACCGGUGGCCGAUGAAAAUUUUCAUGAAAUCGGAUCGGUCACUUUUGGGAUCGCUCAUGGUAGAGUCUCAUAUGCUCGCAAGCAUGACUAGCUAAGAGUAAAUGCCAAAGUGAUAAAUCCUGAGGAUUUAUUCAGUAUUAGUAGUAUUUGCACCUGUCUGAACAAAUCCUACCGAACCAAC